AUGGGCGCGGGCCAGUCAACCGAUUAUAGUGGAGCCUCUCCGGAGGAGCUAAGCCACUUGCUGGCUGAGCGGUUCGCGACAAAAUGUUUCACGCCGUUGGAGUUGACGCACUUCAAAGACAACUUUUUCUCACGAGCAGCAGAGCAAGGAGGUCUCCGUUACUGGAAUGAGCAGAUUCUCUCAGACUUUCUGGGGAUCCCAGAUGGUAGCUUUUCUAGCGCGGGCGAAAGUUCCCUAGAUGCUGGUCCAGUUCUAUUCCGGAUGGUCUCUUACUUAGCGGCGUUCCCGUUCCAAAAUACCUUGGCCCCAAGCGUUCUGACGUUUGAGGCGAUGGUGAAAGUGGUUGUACUGCUGACUGAGCGUUACGGCAAAGUACUCCGCAGAGGAAGAAAAGACCGGAUCAAACUGCUCUUCGGAAGCCUUGCUGACGUUGGGAGGAAGCAUGUCGAACAGCAUUCCGAGAAGGGAAGGAAAGAGGAUCACUCAUCGGCUGAAAAUACAGAUGAAGAACCAUGUCCAGCCAAGUCACAUGCGGCCGGGUUCUCUAUCGACGAACCUGCCAAUGACGAGUAUGAUGAGGAUGAAGAUGACGAUCUUGCCCUCGCGGCUUUGGAAUCUCUCGACGCAAUUGACGUGUUCAAACAUGACCACCGUGUGGACAAGACCGUAUACGAGACGGGAAUCUCUCUUGAUACUUUUUGCCGCCUGAUCAUGCUGUUGCUGGCGAUCGCACCUCUAAAACCGCUCGAGCAUGUCAAGAAAUACACCUCUGAUAUGAGUCCUGGGCGGAUAGAAGAGAUUCGCAAAGAGGCUGACACCAUCAUAGCCGCCUUUCGACCAGAUGAGAGUGGUGGUGGGAUCACCUACAGGGCAUUUGCCCGUACCAUUUUGACGUCCUUACCAUAUCUGUUUGAUCCACUCACUGCAUUGUUUGAGCAUUUGCUCUUCAGCGAGAAAUUGAACCUCUCCCAGAAACGACAAAGCGGAACUGAACCUGAGAAGCUUCGAGUCUACAAUUCUCACCCCAUCCGCACUCGCGCACCUCUCAUUCUUCUUAUCUUCGAAUGCAAAAUCAAUGAAUCUCUAUCGAAGCGGUAUUCGCCUCCAUCCGUGUUCUCCCUGCUGCUCAUGGGUGGGUCGUCCUUGACUUCCUUUUCACAUAAUGUUUUGACCUGGCAAUCUGCGAAUGUUCUUCUUCUGCAAGGUGCGGUGGUCGGCAAGGGGAGGAGACCGUCACCAAUCGUUCCGAUGCUCUUCCUUGUCUUUUUCAACUUUCUCCAAAACACCAAGUACUUCCCGGAAAUCCGUCUUCGUCUGUUCACCAGCAAAAAACCUCCCAACAGCCUGGUUCUCCACACACACACGGUCUCGCCAUUGGCUGUAAGAUUCCGCCAGCUUCUCGCAGUCAACACUUAUCUCCAAAGCCCCAUGGUGCUGCUGAGCCUCACAGUCGACGUGAAUCUCGAGUCUGCCGAGUUAUUCCUGAGCCAGUCGGUCACGAGGGCGUUUUCCUUCCUGCAGGGAACUCGUCGAUGGAGGAUGCGUCGGUUCAAGUUGCGCAUCGACAUUUACACGCUUGAAGUAUGGGGCGUGGUACCAGAUCCCGAGCUUGCGGCCUCUGCAGAACCUAGCACGAGUGCCGUAGAGGCUCAGCGGGCACAAUGGACUUUGAAGCUCGUGAGGCAGAGCGGCGCCGGAACAUCAAUCUCAAAACGGGGGCUGGCGAUUCGGCAAAGGAGAGUGCGCGUGGUUAUUGGAAACUGCGGGAGUUAUUGGCGAUCACGGACAAUAUUCUGGUGGGAGCACCUGAAACGCAUCAUUGACGCUGUGGAGCUUGUAAUAGAAGCCUCACACCGAGCCCUUCAGCUUCGUGGGAAAGACGUAUCUCUGAUGAAACUCAAAAAUUUUUGA